GGGAUGGAAGUGUUAUUGUGCACGGUGAGGCAGAUGGAGGUGGCUGCCAGGCAGAGAGGGCUCAGCACUGGCAGGAAUGAGGGAAGACCCAUACUUUACUGGGAUGAGGGACCCCAGUUAUUUUGCCUGCAUUGUCGGGGGUGGGGAAUUCCUGUUGCUCUAUCCAAUACACAGAAGCAAGGACUUAGCUGGAUAUCUGACCGAGGAAGACUUUCAAGGCAUCACAGACUUCAAUGACCUCCCGAAUUCUCUGUUCGCUUGCAAUGUCCACCAAUCCGUGUUUGAAGAUGGAGCCAGCAAGGAGAAAUUCAAGGGUCUUUUCCGAGCAUAUGACGAUUGUGUGACCUUACAACUUUUCAAGAGCUUCCGGAGGGUACGAAUAAAUUUCAGUAACCCCAAGGCAGCGGCACGGGCAAGGAUAGAGCUCCACGAGACACAGUUCAGAGGGAAGAAAUUAAAGCUUUACUUUGCACAGGUCCAAACGACAGAGACAGACGGAGACAAACUCCACCUGGCACCCCCACAGCCUGCUAAACAAUUCCUUAUCUCUCCGCCUGUGUCCCCUCCAGUUGGUUGGAAGCCCAUAGAUGAUGCCACACCAGUAAUCAAUUAUGAUCUCCUUUAUGCAGUUGCUAAACUAGGCCCAGGUCAGAAGUAUGAGCUUCACGCAGGAACAGAGUCCACCCCCAGCGUAGUAGUCCACGUAUGUGACAGUGAUCUGGAAGAGGAGGAAGACACAAAAACUUCACCCAAGCCUCGAAUCAUCCCAACAAGGCGCCCUGGCCUGCCCCCCACCCAAUCCAACUAACCCGCCCCCUGCACCAUGUUCCUCUUGAUCUUUCUAACACUGAUUUGUAUCCCUUUCUCUUCCUCCUAUAGACAGUAGGAUUUGUUUUCCUUUUUAUAGGAAAGUUACUGCUACACGGUCAUAUUAGCAUGUGUCCCUAUGAAAGCUGUAGUGAAGCCUUCAUAAACUUGCUGCGUGCCAGUGACGACUUGAAACGCAUCUCAUCAUCUUCCAGGUCCUUCUGACACCAAGCGAGUUCCUAAAGGGCUGGAAACAGGGUUUCUUUAUUGAUAUCGAUAACAUAUCAUAGGCAAAAAAAAAAAAAGUGUUUCCUGUUUUGUUUAAUGUUUGCACAUCCCGUUACGGUUAUAUUGUGAGUCGUCGACACAUUUCGUAAAAGUUGCGUGUUUCAUGUCGUUCAGAAAUGCCAUUUUAGUAUCUGAACCCAUGUCCACGAAUGGUCCAAGAAGCGAAUAACCACAUGGGAACGCUAUGGUGAAUAGGCUGUGUUUUAUUGAAUGCUGGCUCAUGAUACAAAAUGGCUGCUGAUUUUGUGCUGGUAUUGGGCCUACUUUAAGGACCACUCCAUGGUGGGCAAUGCUUAGUGCAGGGCCUAAAGGCAUGGAGCAUGGCACAUGGAUUCAAAGAACGCCAAAGAUAGAAUUCCUCUGUCAUGCGCCGUCACCUUAGGCCCUUGUGUCAUGCGUAGAAGGUGACACAACAGAUCAGUUUUUCAUGGAGUGUUAAUUUUAAGUAUCGAUAUAUCAUUAGGGAGUCAAAUGGAUUAAUCCUAGUAGUUCUGUAUCAUUAGAAGACAAGCAGUUCUAUCUAUGUUGGCCUCACAGUGCAAGUCUUAAAGGGGUUGUUUAUUUUUAUGUAAAUAGCUCUUAAAGGGGUUUUUCUGAGACUCUGCCCUCUGGAUAGGUCAUCAGUAUCAGGGGGUGCAACACCCGAGACCUCCGCCAAUCAGCUGUUUGAAAAGGUGCCGGUUCUCUUGUACGCGCCAUAGCCUUCUUUCAGCUCACCAACCACAGCGCCGUACAUUGUAUAGUGGCUGAGCUUGGUAUUGCAGCCCAGGGCAAUUGAUUUGAAUAGUACUGGGCUGCGCCUAGGCCAUGUGACUGAUGAACGUGAUUUCACUGGGCUCCAUCGCCUUCUCAAACAGUUGAUUAGUGGGGGUCCGUGGACCGAUCAGAACAUUGUAUAGUGGCUGAGUUUGGUAUUGCAGCCCAGGGCAAUUGAUUUGAAUAGUACUGGGCUGCGCCUAGGCCAUGUGACCGAUGAACGUGAUGUCACUGGGCUCCAUCGCCUUCUCAAACAGUUGAUUAGUGGGGGUCCGUGGACCGAUCAGAUCCAGAGGAUAGGUAAUUGGUUAAAAAAUCUCAGAAAUCCCUUUUUAAGCUCAUAUAUAGUAAAAAUCUGAAACUUUCUAAAAUACUCGUUUAGUUCUAAUUCUGCACCAUUUAUUUAUAUUUUUUUGCAAGAUCUCUGCUUGCUGUCAGCGAUUUUGUAUAUUUCUACAACCAGGUACUAAAAUGUUAUACUGACCUGAAUUUACAAUUGUAUCCGGUCUAGACAAUCCUCUAUGAGCUAAAUACAUCUGCAGCACAAAUCUCUCUACUGCCCUGAUGGUUUGCUGCAGUGUGUCAGUGCAGGUAAAAGGUCUCACGGAGCAUUGUCUAGACUGGAUACAACCGUACCAACCCCUCAGUCGUGAGAAUUAUUAGAUCUGUAAAGGGAUUCCAGCUUCUGGAUGUAUUCAUUGACUGCAAGAAGAGAUCUUUAAAAGGGAAGAGUUGAAUGACAAAGGGGGUCAUGGCCCCUUACGCCAGCUUUUUUAGGAUGCCCUAGAGACCGGCCGUGGCUGGGGCCGAACACUGAGCCCUGGGACAUUUACUAACUUCUGCACCAGGACACUGGCGUAAAUGACCAUUGAAAUCUUCUCCAGUCAGAGGCUGGACUAGAUGUCAAUCUAGGCGUACGGACUGGAGCCUAAUUUAUGAUGAGGCCUGCGUCUAACAAGGGGGUAUCAAAGACUGCCGUAAAAUGCUGUGCUUUGAUAAAUGACCCCCAAAGUGUGUUAUAAAAUGUCAGAACUUUUCAUGAUUUCAUAAUGAUGAAGCAUUAUUUUUAUGAAAAUGGAAAAUCCCUUUAAGCGUUGCACUGAGACACCAGUAGAUAUACCAGUCUUCUAUUGCAGGCCGUAUUAUAAUAGCAAAAAGUUGUUUUACUUAUGGUUCAUGCACACAAACGUAUUUUUUUCUGUUCCGUUUUGCGGAACGGUUCACUUCAAUGGGGCUUGAAAAAAAAAAAAAAGAAA